AUGCAUCAGGCCGACGUUGGUCUGGAGGCGACGGUGUGUCGGGACGUCGGUGCGGCCUUCGGCCCGCGGUACCCGGCGAUCGAGUGCGGCAACAAGGACGACCUCGGCGCCAACUUCUACUUCGACCUGAUCUCGAAAACGGGCUACACGUACGUGGUCCUCGCGACGAAGCCGCCGACGGAGCCGCGCGAUCUGCUGAAGGAGGCGCAGCGCGGCGGCGACGGGUCAGUGACGCGCGGCGGCGGCAUCAGCAGGGGCCCCGUGACGACCUGGGAGGUGGACUGGAUGCAGGCGCUGCUCUAUUUGGUGGCCACGCGCGGCCUGGCGCAGCGCGACUUCGAGGUCAUCGCCGCGGCCCUCAACGAGGCCUGCGGGCUGAAGUUGACGAGGAGCGCGGUCUACCACAAGUACAGCCGGAUCGCGGAGCGGCGCGAGACGGCCUCGCCCGCGAAGGAGCCGGUCUCGAAGGCUGAGGUGGCCGUGGCGCUCGCCGCGAAGCGGUCCGCGGCGUCGCAUCUCGCGGGCCUCGCGCCGGAGGUCGUGCGAUCGCUGAAGGCGAGCGCCGCCGCUCUCGCCGCUGGUGACGCCUCGGACGACGUCCUCGCGGCGCGCGCCGCGCGCCAACACCGGCUCGAACGGUCGGCGUUGGGGAAGCUGCACGCGCUCUUCGUGGGCGCCGCCGCGCCGUUCUUCGUUGUCGAGUCCUCCUCGGGCGAGUCCUCCUCGGACGAGUCCUCCUCGGACAGUUCCGACGACGAGGCGGCAGCGCCGGCGCCGGUAGCGACGCCGGCCGCCGCCGCGGCGUCCCUGAGCGCGCUGCAGCGCAUCACGUGCAGGACUGACUGCGUUGUCGUAGUGUCCUCGACUGCGCCGCGCAGGGCCGUGGCGGCCUUGGGCCGGGCGGUUGGCGCCGAGAAGCUGCGCGCGACCGCGGCCGUGGCCUCCUCGGGCAGCGCCGCCGAGCGCGAGGUUUGCGAGGUGCUCCAGUGGGUCGAGCAGCGGCCCGCGCUCCGCUGGGUCUGCCUCGACGCGACGGGCGGCCUCUGCGAGGCCUAUGUGGCCGGCGCGCGCGCUGCCGGCGCCGCGCCUAUGUUCGCGCCGCGGUUCGUGCCGUCCGUCGACGAGGACGCGCUGCUCGCGGUGACGUUCCCCGAGGACACGCCGGACGCUGCCACGGCGCCGCGCGGUUCGCUACCGCAGUCGCACGAGAUCACGCGGGCUAAUAUUGCGGGGCGGCGUCUCGUCGUGACCGGCAAGAACUUUUUGCCCCAAGCGAUAUUGGAGCUCGUCCUGGAAAUUAGUUUUGGAGCGAAUAUCACGAGCAAGGCAUCCACAAAGACGCACAUGGUCAUCGGGCCGGCGAGUUGCCUGGAGGGCGACCCUGCGGACCAGUCAGCCAAUGCAAAGUGCGCCUUGUGUACGCCGACGGAGGACCCGAAGAACGGCGGCCACGCCGUGUUCCUCGAGGACACGAAAUGGAAGCGAUGCUGCGGGAAGGCGAGGUGGGGGACGUGUUGCUGGAAAAGCGGGGGAGCCUGCCGGCGCCGCUCUACAUUACGGUGGAAGACGCGCUCGCGCGCCGGCCCUGGAGGCGGCACGUCUGCGUCGUGACGGGCGCGGUCAACGGCUACGACCAGGUCGACUUCCUCGUGGCGCUGCGGGACACACUCGGCGCCGAGACGUGGGACCGCGUGACCGACGACACGACGCUAUUAAUCGUGGGCGAUUUGGGAGGCCGGGCGUCGAGCACCAAGCUCGACAUGGCUCGUGUGCUGAAGGUAAAUAUCGUGCGCGCCGCGGAGGUGCUGAAGCUGCUGGCGUCGCCCCCGGCGGUCUUCGCGGACGUGACGAACGGCGCCGGCCGGCCGGCGAAGAAGACGCGGGUGUAA